AUGUACUUCCUUGACCUCUAUAUACACUGCCCGGUUGGUAGAAAACAAGACUCAGGAACGUGUGUGAAAUGUCCGAUUGGCCAGUACCAAGAUACCACUGGUCAAACAGUCUGUAAAUCAUGUGGCGUUAACAAAAUAACAACCCAGACUGGUAGUACUACAGAAAACCAGUGUAUUUUACAGUGCCCAGCAGGUACAAUGAAAGUGUCAGACGUUUGUAUAGCAUGUCCAAUAGGAAAAUAUCAAGAUGGGAUUGAUUCUAACACUUGCAAGGAUUGUCCACAGUGGAAAACAACGGUCUCCACUGGAAUGACGUCACUGACAAAUUGUAUCUGGAACUGUCCACAAGGGAUGAAAGAGGAGGGUAAUGCUUGCGUUCCGUGUCCAAUUGGGCAGUAUCAGGAUGAAAUUGGGAAAAAAACCUGCAAUGUUUGCCAAAUCUACCAAACUACCAACACGACUGGUUCAACGUCAUUUACCGACUGUGUCCCGAAAUGUUUGGCCGGUUGGAAGGGAGAACGCGGAGUGUGUGUGAAAUGUCCCGUAGGUCAGUUCCAAGAUCUGGUUGGUACUACUUUCUGCAAAGCGUGUCCGAAAUACAGAACUACAAAGAGCAUGGGAAGCACAUCCGUCAUGUCUUGUUUUUUGCAAUGUCCGACGGGGACAAUGGAAGCUAAUGGCACGUGUAAUGACUGUCAGGCCGGUCAGUACCAGGAUGAAUUGAACGCCAAGUCCUGUAAAUCGUGUCCCGACCACUCGACCAGUACUCUUGUCGGACUCACGUCACGUGAUCAGUGCAACUUGCGGUGCCCUGCAGGAUAUAGCGAAGGCACUGGUACUUGUGUGAAAUGUGCUGUCAGUUACUACCAGGAUACUGCAGGAUCGACCACGUGCAAGCCUUGUCCUCAAUACAAGUACACGCAAUACGCAGGGGCAACAUCGGUAUACCAGUGUAUAUUGAGGUGCCCUGUGGGUACAAAGGAAGUCUCGGCUCAGUGUGAGGAAUGUCCUGUCGAUCAGUAUCAGGAUGAAAUGGGCAAAACCACCUGUAAAAACUGCCUCAAUUUCAGACGAACGAACGGCACAGGUGCCUCAUCGCCAGAUCAGUGUUUAUCACCGUGUGAUAUGUCUCCAAACUUCUGUCAAAAUGGCGGCACGUGUUUGUGGAAUGAAGCCAAGCCAGCAGAUGGUAUGUCAUGUGCCUGUCGUACACGUUUCCAUGGAGACUCCUGUGAAAACUACACAGAGGAAGCAGACCGUCUAGGCACGGUGAUAGGUGGCGCUGUGGGCGGAAGUCUGGCACUUCUUCUUAUACUGCUGGCCAUUCUUAUCGCAUGUGCAUGUUGGCGAUCUUCCCCUAAAGGCAAAAGAACUAUCAUACAUAGGAAUUCAGUAGACCUCACAGAGGGGGUGUACAACCCGUACUUCUUCUUGGAAGGAAAGUACGUGCUUAACCAGUCGGCUAAGAUUAUCGAGUUGGUGGAACCGGCCGAAACCUCCACAGAUCACGAUUUCAAGAAAGCGAGCUUCACCAACCGCACCAGCAGUCACAAUGGUUCCAUCUACACCAAAGCCACGUCAUUCCUGGACACCCACGAGCAUCAGGAUUCCUUCAUGGAUGUGGGCAUCGAAUCGGACCACAACCCCGGACCAGGCAGCAACCAGUAUAAGUCCGGUCUGCCGUACGUUGACUUCAUGAACGUGGACGACGACGAGGUCGGUCACGGCGUUGACCACGACAGUAAGAAACCUGGUCCCACGAUGGAUGGCGAGGGGCUGUAUGUUCGCAAGAUCCAAGUCUAAUCUGUCAACUGUUGGACACUCAACGCUGAAAUCUAGACACAGUGUUCCGUAAAUGUAAACAUUUGAAAUAUGUGAAAGAACCUCUAAUUUUCAUGCAAAUGUAAACAUUUGAAAUAUGUGAAAUAACCUCUAAUUUCCAUUUAACAGUAAGGAAUCUUCUAUAUGCAGAGUGUUCGAAACCCGUGUGGUACAUGAGCAUGUUAAACUAGUUACCUAUCUACAUGUACCUAUCUAUUUGCAUCUUCGGAAAUCGGAAAUGCACAUCGCUUGAUAUACCAGUCGUGAAGCACUGGUUGGAAUGGAACAAAAGUAGAGAAUGGAUCCAGGUAGGAUGUUCGUUCCUACGAUCCAAACACCUAGGGUGAGCUCUUGAAACGUCAGGUGCAUUGUGGGACAUUUUAAAUCUGUUAUUCCCUAAAUAUAUUGUAACCGUUUAUCAUGAUGUCAGUACAUGUAUACAAUAUAACUAUAUACAGCCAACCAUCGUUAUUUCGACCUCUGUAAUCUCGAGAGCUCCGAGGUCAAUAAUUGUCCCAUUACAUACAGUUCACAAUUACUAUUAUUUCAAGCUGUUUGGUUCGGUUCCUUUUACAUGGUAAACAUUUCGCAUGUACUUUAUAUUUUAGGAACCGAUUCACCAUCUUGUUUGUUCUGUAGUUGAGUGUUAAGGCUUGCACAUACUAGACAAGUACUCCAGUAUCUAUUUAACCACGGGCGAGUGCACAGCCUUGUGCACUGAGUUCUCCGUCCGGGAAGGAGUUGUGUGUCCAGGAUUGUGUGCUUGAGCCUUAAAUUGAUCUAAUGAAACUGAUUGACGGAAUUUUGCAUUUAUGUGCAUUAUAUUAAAAUAACUUCGUCUGACUACGGACAUGUAACAAAUACAUGUGUUUAAAUAUAUAAUCACUAAUAGCUGUAUUUAUAAUGUGUGUUACGUGUAAUUAUGUUAUAUAUAUCUAUAUAUAUAUAUAGAUAUAUAUUAUAUAGGAAUUUAAUAUUUCAGAUUUGAAUUUCGGGAUGAAUAUAUUGUUAUUUCCGUUAUACACAUUAAAUAUGUAUAUCCUUAUUUUUCAUGCCAGUACCCCACAUAGUGUCAUGGUAAUCAAUUUAUAACAGUAAAUAAAACCUGUGUUAUUUAGCAACAUAAUGGGAGUAUUAAAAUAGCUUAAAGGGACUGCCCUGAGUUUGCUGACAGUAUCAGACGUUUCUGAUUAAUAAACAGAGAAUAAUACAUGAGUGGCCUUUAGAUACUAUUAUCUUACAACGAGUUGUUUUAAAAUGUAUCUAACGAGCGAAAGUGAGUUGGAUACGUUUUUAAACGAGUUGCAAGAUAAAUGGUAUCU